AGGAGCUCUCCGCCGUCCCUCACCGCAAUCCACAAACCCCACCGCACAACCGGACCGCCGCCGCCAGCCCGCGGCCGAUCUCCUCCUCCUCAAAGCGCAGGCCGCCUCGAUCCUCGUCCUCCUCCACGCGCAGGUGGCCGCCGCCAACCUCUGACGCGUGGGUGCUCGCCGCCCAUCCUCGAGUCGACCUCCGUCCCCGAGGCCAAGGUCUCCGUCCGCCUCUCCCCGCGUGCUCGGCGAGCUGAAGGCGGCCGACCUACUCCUCCCCCCGCGAGCUGCAACCCUGUAUCUAAAAUUUUCUACAUGGGGAAGCAGCCGGGAAACACUGGCCCUUCCUCGGCAUCCAGGUCGGCGAACCAGGCCGUGUCGCUCCGCGAGGAGACCUCCGGGAAGGCGCAGGUUGACGUGCCCUCCCUCCUGAGGGUCCAGCAUCUGCAGCGGCUGGGGGCGUGGGCGAGCGGGGAGGCAGGAGUUGGCUCGAUCGGGGCACUGCUGGGCUACCGCCUCGCCACGAACGCCGAGGCUGCCGCGAUCCCCAUAGGCGCCUCCACCUUUGUUUGCCAGAGGUGUGAAUCAAUCUUACAGCCAGGCUUUAACUGCACAAUCCGCAUAAAGAACAACAAAAAGAAAGCAAAGCGGCGCAAGAAGUCAAAUCCGGGCCAAAAUAGUGUUGUCUAUGCAUGCCAUUUCUGUGGAGACCAAAACCUGAUACGGGGUAGUGGAAAGGGUUUCGUGAAGGGUCUGCUGUCAUCAAGAAAGCCUGUUAGCGUAAUGUUGAAAGGAGACAAUAUUAGCGUUCCAACAGUAACUGCUAAAAAUGCGACUGAGCAUUCUGUAACAGCAGGCUCACAACUGGAACCAUCCAGGUUGAAAACAUCUACUCUUGAAAAAGAUAAACGAGGUAAUGGGCCAAAAUCUUAUCUUCCCGAAGAUUCUAAAAUGGAGAAAGGGGCAGCCUUUUCAAUGGUUGAUCGUGGUCAGUUAGCAGAUGCACACGAAGAGACCCCACAAAAAAUUGAAGUAGAAAGCACACAUGAUAAGCGUAUGACUAGACUUGUGCCCGUGUCUUCUAAAAACAUUACAAUAUGUGAAUCCGAUGUCACUUCUCAAGCAGAAUUUCUACUUGGGUCAAACUUCGUUACUCCUCGGAAGAGCAAACUGGUUGAAGUGACUGUGCCUAUAGCUUCAGCAGAAGCAUUGGAGACUGGAAGUACACUGAGCAGCAAAGGGCAGAGUUGUGGUUCCGCUGCUGGCAAGAUCCCUGGAAGUUAUAGCAAGUCAGCUUCGAAUAGCAAAUCUGUGCCAGGUGAUUCUACUCAGGCAGCUGGCAGUUCAAGAAAGCGGGCAAGAAAAGGGUGGACUACGCUGAAGCAGAUCGCUGAGAAGGACGAGCUUGAGAGAAAACAGAAGAUGGAUAACUUUGUAAUCCCGUUCUUCAUGCAGUAGAAUAUAUUUUACUUUUGGCAUCUGUUGUAGACGUUGGGCUGGAAGAACAGUUGCAGGUUUUAGUGAUACUUUUUAGUUAUGUACUUCUGCACCAAUCAUGUUGUAGAAAUAUAAAGUUGGGAAGGAGUUCAAAAUUAAACCUAA